AAAAAUAUACUGAGGUAAUCAGCAAGCACUUGGGUUUUCAAAAGGUAGCAGUUACAAUGUGAGGAUUUAAAAUUUGGAUUUGAAAAUUGAUGUGGAGAUUGAAACUGUUUGAUUACGUAUAAUGUUGUUAUCUUAUGAAAUGACCAUAUGUUAAUGAUUCUAAACCGACUAACAGUGCAGACACCAAACAGAGUAGUGACAACAAGGCAUUAUAUUUAAGCUAUAGAAUUGCUUUAAAAGAGCGGGAUGAAAGUUUAAGGCAAAACGCUGUAGCAAAAAAGCAACUAGAAGAAAUCCAGAAGAAACUAACAAAUAAAAUGCAGGGAUACGACGACCCGUACGGGCGGAAUGCACAACCGUUUGUAAGAGGCAGACAAGGUGAACAUUCCAAUACUUCUUCAUUUUUCCGUAAAAAGAAAAAAGCAAAAGGAGGUGGAAUUGGUGGAUCAAAUUUGAGUAGAUCUGAGUCUCAUAUUAUGUGGGAGACGUUAAUGGUGACAAUAAAUAGGGAGAGUGGACUUGGAUUUGGUAUUGCUAUUAGUGGUGGCAGGGAUAACCCGCAUUACAUGACAGAUGAAGAUGCUAUCGUCAUCUCUGAUGUUCUCGCACAAGGUCCUGCAGAACACCUUGUAAAGGUGAAUGACCGAGUUUUGGCUGUCAAUAACAAAAGCAUGGAAGGAGCUGAACAUGAUGAAGCUAUCAAUGCACUAAAGGAAAGUGGAAACUCCGUAACAUUGCACAUAAAACGGCCAUUGGUGGAUGGACUGACAAGAACAGACGGAGGUCGCUCCAAUAUUCAGAGUGUCCAGCUCUAUAAAGAAGGCAAUGGUUAUGGGAUGAAGCUUGGUAUCAAAUUGUACAUUGAAGAUAUGAGUCCAACGGGCAGCGCGGCUAAGUCAGGACUAACAAGUGGCGACAACAUUGUGGCGAUUAAUGGAAUGCCAAUUGAAGCUAUGAGUUUGCCUGAUGCCAAGAAAAUUAUCCAGACGUCUCGUGGAUCACUGUUGUUGGAUAUCAAGAAGGAGCCUAAGAAAAGGGAAAAGCCUGUGGAAGAGAAACCUAAUCUUUUCAAGCCCAAGUCUGAAGAAAUUUUAAAUGACCUGCCUGAACCUCCUAUCAUGAGUCCACCACCUGGCGAGGACCCUACGGAUAGAAGGCAUUCAAUCGAAGACCAUGGUCUGCCUCCCCCUCCUCCUGACACUCCAGAAACUGAACUUGACAUUGCACCGCCAAGACCGCCUCCGCCAGAUCAUCACAACGGUAUGGAUGGGAGUUACCUUCCAGAUGAACCUAUUUUAAGUCAAGUUGAUCCACCUCAAAUGUCAACACCACCACCCCCCGGGGAAUCAAGAGUACAGGAUACCUAUAUUGAAAAUUCCUAUGGGAGAAGAGAUCGUCAGCCUAGCUACGAGCCCCCAGCUGUUACACCUGGCUCAGAAGAGAGACAAGUUUCCUUCAUCAAAGGGAAAAGCAUAGGCCUGCAGUUGGUCGGUGGCAACGCAACUGGAAUCUUCGUGGCAGCCAUGCAACCUGGAAGUGCUGCUGAAAAGGCUGGUGUACAUGAAGGUGACCAGAUCUUGCAGGUGAAUGAUGUCAGUCUGCUUGGCAUGACUAAGGAGGAUGCUGUGCUCAUGCUCCUUAGUCUUGUGAAUGAGAUCAGGCUGGUCUGCCGUUACGAUAAGAGGAUGUGUGAUGAGGUAAUGCAGUCUGGUAAAGGUGAUGAUUUUUAUGUGCGAACGCAUUUCAACUACGAAGGCCAGAGACCUGAAGAGAUAACAUUCUUCAAAAACAACAUAUUCCGUGUGAUCGAUACAAUGUAUGAAGGUAUGGUAGGCUGGUGGUAUGUUCUAAAGAUUGGACAUGACGAACAUGAAGAAGCUCGUGGAAUUAUUCCUAACAACAGUCGAGCUGAGCAACUAGCCUUGUCGCAGCCACCUGAUUACUACAUGAAGCCACAGACAACAGACGGAAGAAGUAGUUUCUUCAAGCGCCGUCGCAAAUCAUUCCGCAGCACAAAGAACCUCAUCAAGGACCAAUGGGACAGAGUUGUUUUCGGAGGAACACCACCUAAAUUCCCACCAUAUGAACGAGUUGCACUCAAAGAUCCCGAGUUUGUUCGCCCAGUCGUCAUUUUUGGACCUCUUGCUGAUAUCGCCCGGGAGAAGUUGCUCGCUGAUUAUGAUGACAAGUUUGAUUCACCUUUAAUUCAUCGUCCAAUUCCUGGAAAAGACAAUCCAGGCGAAGGGGAAGGCGAAUCGCAAGGAACCAUCAAAGUGCAUGCUAUUCGAGAAAUCAUGGGCAAGGGCAAGCACUGCAUUCUGGAUAUUACACCAAACGCUGUUGAGCGUCUCAACUUCGCACAGUUCUACCCCAUUGUUAUAUUCUUACGACCAGACAACCGUGCAACUGUCAAGCAGUUACGUGGAAAACAUCUUGAUCCGGAACAAAACCGUGGUUCACGUAAAUUGACGCAAACUGCCAAGAACCUCAACAAAGUUUUUGUGCAUAUUUUUAGUGACACUGUUCGUCUUGGACCAGAUGUUCCAUGGUUCUCACUAACACAUGAUGCAAUCCUCAAACAACAAAAUAAACCAAUAUGGAUGUCUGAUGUCAGUGUUCCUAAAGAGGAACAAGAACCAGAAUUACCAAUUGUGGGAGAGCUCACUCUACCUAGUGACUAUGAGAGUGAUGCCGAAUCGGCCUUCAGCGGUGCAGAGUCCACGUACAAUGACAGUAUGGUUGAAUCUGAUUAUGAGGCGGAUAGGGUUCCAUCACCAGAACCAAAAGUUGACCAUUUCAGAACCACAAAUGAUUACACUUUACCCACCUCAUUCACUGAGGAUUACCGAUCUCCAAGAGAACCAAGGUCCAGCAGAAAGACUAAGCCAUACUCACCAGACACAGAUGAAGAGUAUGGAGGUGAUAUGAGUGAUGGCAGUACUGGAUAUGUGCCACAAAACAAACCGUCACCAAACAGGAGACAUAACCGACCAAAUGAAGCCAGCAGAAGGAGAAAAGAGGAACGGGAAAGAGAGGAACGGGAAAGACAUGAACGUGAAAGAGAAGAGCAAGAACGUAAAGAUAGAGAGGACAUCGAACGACGCGAGAGAGAGCGCCAAGAAAAAGAGAUUCAGAAUAAAAAGAAACGUGAACAGUUGGAGAAAGAAAGAGAACGUGAAAGGGAACUUAUCAGAGAAAUUGAAAGACAGCAAGAAGAAAGAAGAAGAGAAGCAGAAAUAAAGAUGUCAAGGGCAGCACCAAGCUUUGAUGAACCCACCAUUAUGGACCCUGUGACAAUUUCACAAAGUUACUCGCACCAAUCCUAUUCUUCUCCUCCAACGAAUGUAAGGACAUUUGAGGUAGAUGUUGACAUGCCUCCACCUCCCGUAGAUUCCCCUGUAGCUUCCUCAUCAACUUACAGUGUUCCAUCAAAACCAGCAACCAAACCAAGAUAUGACCCAACACAGUUCACAAGUAGUACCUUGAUGAACUAUUCAAAGCCGGAGGUAAAGCCGCGGCCCCCUAAGCAUACUACAGACUCAAGAGAUAAUAUGCCAGAGCUGGUCAAAGUAGAGGCUGUUGUGCAUCCAUCCAGAGCUCAACCUCUCCAUACCAGCUUCCCCGCUUCACAAGCUAUGGAGACAACCUUUGGAGUUGAUGACUAUGUCCAGCCUAACGCUGCUGAAGACAAACCAAGAUCGUAUUGGCAACCAGCUAAAGAAACUGAUUUGGAUUCCUACACAGCAACACCGGCAGAAACAACGUUCCCUGCUGAGGAUGAGCCAAGCUACAAUGGCAUUAAUGGCUCAUACAAGAGUGAUAAUAAUAACCAGUAUGGCAGCAAGGAUGAUCCUGCAAGUCCAUACUACAAUCCCAAUAUGGAACCUGUCAAGCCAGGCAUCCCAUUUAACAGUGAGAGAGAUCACCGCAUUAAGUCAUAUCAAAGAUUGCAAGAUGGACCUUUUGCUCAUGAAUCAUCUAGCCGAGGACGCACCACUAAAACCAGAGAAUUUGAAGGCUUUGACCGUGUUUUGAAUACCAAGGCCCCUUACGAGAAACAGUCAUACAAGGCUUACCGUGAAGCUACCCGGCCUAGGGACCAGUCACCAGGUAGCAGUUACCUAAAGAGUAGCCUGUACACCCCAGCUGCUUGGAGCUCAAGCCGUCAAAACAAUGACCAUUUAAGAGGAGAAGUUGCUUUCAAAUCUGUAAAAGCUCCACAAGGAAAAGGUUCUCAGGACAACUUGGAUAAGGCCGACAAUGGAGAGACACCUGUUGACCAGAUUGAUGGACAGACUGUGUUGGCCACUGCUAAAGGAAUGUUUGAUCAUAAAGGUGGUACAUUAACAUCCGAAGAAACCGGUGUCAGUAUCUUGAUUCCAGAGGGCGCUCUACCUUAUGGUGAGAAGCAGGAGAUUUAUUUCAAAGUUUGCCGAGAUAAUAGUAUGCUGCCUCCACUGGAUAAGUAUAAAGGUGAAACUUUGCUUAGCCCCUUGGUGAUGUGUGGACCGCAUAACCUCAAGUUCCUUAAGCCAGUUGAACUGAGAUUGCCUCAUCAAACAUCAAUGACACCAGAUGGUUGGUCAUUCAACUUGAAGUCAAGCGAUACCCCAGCAGGUCAGCCAGCUAAGUGGAAAAAUUUGAAGAUUGACGAUGAUCAGCAGACAUCGAAAACAGUUGUUGGAACCAAAACAGUGUCUGUCAUGGUUGAUCACUUUUGAACUGUGCUUCCAUUUUAACUGUUGAAUAUCAUUUUAACACAUUAUAAAUAGUCCUCAAUCAAAAUCAAGUUUAGUUACAAUUUGUGUACAUCUCAUUUAUUAAAAGGAAAUUUCUACAAAUGAAAUAAAGAUGUGCUGAAAGACUGGAAAUCAUUUUAUAAUGAAAAAAAAUAUUAAUUAAUAAAUUUGAUAAAGUGGGAAAAUUCAAGUAUGUAGCACCGAGUUGGUGGAGCAAUCAAGUGGUCUUUGAUUCAAAUUCCAGUGAGAACAUUACUUUGUUUUUUUCAAACCACUACUGUAUAUACAGUAUCUUUAUAUGUCUCUUUUGGAGUUCAUACGCAAUUUUAACAUUAUUUUAUAAUAUUGUAAGAUAAGCGAGUAUGCUUAUGAAGGCUUUAUUAGUAUGUGUCAAAUUUCUUAAAUUUGCCAGUCGUUGCAUAAACCAAUGACUACCAAAAAGACCGCACUGAAAAUAAGUCUUUGGACUUUCAUGAGUUAUUCUUGGUGUUCACACAGAAUAACUUCACUCCAUCCAAUCACCAAAUUGACUUAUUAGGAAUGGCCAGAUACAAACUGAAGUACUGUAAUAAAAGACCAGUAGAUAAGUGAGAGUUGAUAUUGGCAUACUUCCACCAAAGUGUACAUAAUAGCAAGAGGUAAGACUGCUGGCAUUUCUUUGAAACACAAUUCUAUCUCAAAGAGAAUUACCAGUAUUACUUGAACUAGAGGGUGUUCUUCAAAAGAACAUAAAAGGCUUUUGUAUCAAACGCAUGCUGUGUCUAUAGAAUGCAUGUUCGAGUUUUGAACUCUAUUGAAAUUAUAAUAUCUCGUAAUACCAGUUGCUGUGCAUGAAAAAUCAGAACAGUCGCACCUCUUGCAAUUCUGUACUCGUUGCUUUUACUAAGAUUGCAAGUUGUAACAAUGGACCUUUCCGCUAAGCCCCGCCCAUUGGAUGUUGUUGCUAAGGUACCACAAACGACAGUGUUAAAGCAUACGCCAACACGUGCGUUUGUGGGACAACAUGUGUGUUUGUAAGACGCGUGCGUAUUCCUAGCGCUGUUCUGAUUAGUCAAUUGUUAAGUUUGAUUGACACUCCGGAAAGGUCUAUUAGUGAUCAUGCCUUUAUUCCUUUGUAUUUUACAUUUGUAACAAAUAUUUUUCUAUAACAUACCUUGAUCAGACCAUUCCUUUACAAGUUUGCUUAAUAGCAUUUUCAUCCCUUGUAGAUAAGUUUAUAUGAGUUCCUCAGAAUUCUUUGUGCAUUGUGAUGUUAAUGUAUAAUAUCAUAUUAGAUAGACUUGCAGUAUCAUAAAUGAUAUUUUUGGUUAAUAAAAUGAUAUUUUGUUGUAUAUUCUACAUGUAAAUAAUCUUAGCAUAUGCAUUAUUCCUUAUGUUACUUAGUGUACUUAAUUUAUGUAGCAUCCAAUCAGUAUUUUAGAGAGUAAACUUAACUUACAGUAUGUAGAAUUCACCAUGUUUGAAAUUUAACUACGUACCAUACUGGUUGCCCAAUGAUGAAAUGAGCAUUAAUAAGCACUGAUACUGUAUUUUUUCUUUUCCUGAACUUCAACAAUCUUAUAAAAUUGCAUUUUGUUUAACAGUCUUGUAGAUUAUUACUCUAGUUGGCAUGUUCAAUUUUCACUUGACAUACACUGCAGGAUUGAAUCCAGGGGGUGAGGGGGGGGGAGAUGGGCGUGCCAGCCAGAGACAACACUACCCUAGGGUAUCUCAGGUCAUGAUCCCGGGAAAUUUUUGAGUGCUUGACAAUUCAACACCAUCUGCUGAUACAAAUUGUUGUUAAAGAUAAUCCAUUGCAUGUUCCCUUGUCACAUUGCAGUUACUAGUUUCUUCUAUAAUUUUUUUUUUUUUUUUCUUUUUGAGUUACAAAGUGCUAGAAUUGUGGAGAUCGUUUAGCUGCCUGUGAGUACUGGUAGGCCUACAGUAGUUGGUUUUUGAAUUGCAAUCUUCAUGGUAUUGCAGCCGACAUGUGUCAGUCAACGCAGUGUGUGCCCAGCUGCAUUUCUUUUACUUUUGAAAAAAAAUUACGAGAUUUCACAAAAUUCUAUUAGUUUAAAACCUGAAUUCAUAAACCGGCAUUACAUAUUUAAUCAGGGGCCGAUCUAGGGUUUCGGAAAAAAAGGGCAGGGCAACUGUUUAACAGUGUUAUGGAUGCAUAUAACCAUGCAACCCCCUCACCCCCACUUUACCCACCACUCUGAUACAUUAGUCUCACUAUUAUACGGAUAGGUGAUAACAUUGGCUAUUUCUAAUGCAUUCGUUAACUUGUAUUUGCAGUGUUCAGAUACUUUUUUUGUUGUAUUUUUAUUCACUCGUGAACUAUUAUUGAUUUAUUAUUGUAUUUAUAAUGUUAACUGAUCAUAAAUUUUGUGGAUAUUGAUUUGCACUGUAACAAAUUUCAUUGAUUUGCUAUUGUAAUCACUUUGUGGGUUUUUGGUUAAUAAAGGCAAUCAUUUGGUAAUAAUA